AUGGCUUAUUGGCGGAGUUACCGAAAGUUCUCUGCUGAAGCAAUUGCCCGUGCAUCCUCAGAUGAUGUAGAAUGUAAUGAAGAGGACAGUCCUGAGCCUUUAAGCCCUGCAUGUUCAAGUGAUCUUUUGCAAGAUAGUCAUAGUGAUGAGAUAUCAAAUCAUAGUGAUUCAGAUAAUCCUGAACAGAUAUAUAGCUCUGCUUCUGAUACUGAAAUUCCGGAAAGUGAAAGUGAAGAAAAUGUACCUGCACAUUCUAAUGAUCCAUCAGAAACAGUGAGAGGGGAUCUUGCUACCUGGACAACAAAAAAUAAAUGCCAACGUACUACUGUAAAUGAGUUACUUCAAAUUCUUCAAGGGCAGGGACUCUGCCUUCCGAAAGACAGUCGCACCCUUUUGCAAACUCCUCGAGAAGUAGUGACUUCUUCUAAGUGUGGUGGGCAGUAUAUAUACCUGGCUAUCGAAGCUGGUAUAACUGAUAUUCUUUCAAGGAACUCAUCAUUAAUAGAAAAGCACACUAAAGUUGAUCUGAUGAUUAACGUUGAUGGCCUGCCUUUGUUUAAAUCUUCCACUUCCCAGUUCUGGCCUAUUUUAGGUUAUUUUAAUAAGGUCGAAGUCUUUGUUGUUGCACUUUUUUAUGGUAAUUCUAAACCAAGUUCUGUGGAUGAUUAUCUUAAUGAUUUAGUCAAAGAACUUGAUAAACUGAAGAUUCAUGGUAUACACUUUGAAGGAAGGCAUUUUCCCUUUAAUCUGAAGUGUUUCUGUUGUGAUGCUCCUGCAAGAUGUUUCUUAAAAGGUAUAGUUGGUCAUACAGGCUAUUUUUCCUGUGAGCGGUGCAUAGUUAAGGGGUCAUGGAAUGGCAGAGUUGUUUUUAACAAUGAUAAGGUGUUUGCACCAAGGACGGAUGACGAAUUCUCCAACUUCACUUAUGAUCACCACCAAAAAUGUGCUUCCCUUCUAGCUUCACAUGGUGUUUCAUGCGUUAAGCAGUUUCCACUUGACUACAUGCACCUUGUAUGUUUAGGUGUCACUCGGCAUUUGCUUAGUUUUCUUAAACAAGGGCCGAAAAUUUGCAAGCUGUCUUCCAGACAUAUACUGCAAAUAUCCGAAAAGUUGAUAUUGUUACAUGGAAACAUGCCAAGUGAAUUUGCUAGACAACCAAGGUCACUGGUUGAACUUGAUCGCUGGAAAGCAACUGAGUUUCGUCAAUAUUUGCUAUAUACUGGGCCUGUUGUGUUGAUCUGACCAGCACUUCCUUUCUCUGUCUAUUACUAUUUCUAUAAUGCUAGACAUGAAUACUGUGAAGCAAAACUCAUAUCUGCAGUAUGCAAGAGAGUUGAUAACUCAUUUUGUAAAUAACUGCAAGUCUUUGUAUGGUGAUACAUUUGUGGUGUACAAUGUACACAACCUUCUUCACUUGCCUGACUUUGAUAUAUAGAGUAAACUAAUUGCUUUGCCGUAUGGUGCUUUGUAAUGUAUUUUAAUGCUGUCAAGUGACCAUUUUUACAUAAUUUACAUAGUUUUUUUCUAAAGGGUGGGGCUGUUGUACAUAGUAGAAUAGUCUGCAUUUAAGUCAGAGUCAAACGUAAACGACAGUUGAUGGGAGUUGUCUCUAUCUUUGAUAGCUGUUCUUAAUGCUUUAUUAACUUUCACACGUCUUUUAUUAAAAGUUGUGUGGACAAGAGCUGUUUGGGAGGAAGGAAACAAGAUACACGAAGGUGUAAUUCCAAAGGUGUGGAUUGAAAACAACACAGUGACAUGGCCAUCUGGAUUGAACGUAAGAAAACCACAUGCUGAAAAACAAACACUUUGUGCUAACUGGAAAACCUUUCCGCUUAUUAAAAUCAAAUGUUCUGCAGGUCAGUCAUUUUAUUGAAGAUAAAAUACGUAUUACUGCAUGAAAAAACAAAUAUGUGUGACGUAUUAAUAACCUAACAAAAUACUGUUGCAGCGACACAGUUCUACAUUUUUCUGUUUUUUACUAUGAAAGUUUUACGCAUAAGUACUUUGUUCUUUAAACCAGAUGACAAAACAAGUUUGCGACAAUUAUGAAUUUACCACCACUGCUGAAGUAGGUGAUGAUGAUGAAGACGAAUAUAAGAAACAGAAGGCAAGUCGGGGAAAAAAGGGUGCCAAAGGUUAGCUGUUAGAAUAUAUGUGUUUUCUAAAGAUGAGCUACAGUCCUUUCUGUGCAUAUUUUUUGCACAUAUCAAAAUUCCAGAGAUUGCAGAGGUCCCCGACCAUUGAAAUUUUAAUUUGAUUAUUUGACUAUAUCGUAUUACAAAAUGUACAAAUAUGCCAAAUAACGUAAUGUAAGCAAUGACAGUGUUAUGAACAGAACAUACACGCAGAACAGACUUUACCCAUCAUUAAGCUUGUUUUCCACUUCGCCAGUACCGUAUCGUAUCAAAAUGUUUUUAAAUUUCAAAAUUUCGUAAAUAUUGAUUGGUUAGUACUUCUGUAGGACGCCAAAAAGUUGACUUGCAAUGAACAUUUCAUUUUGCUACGUGAAUACACCUGGAAGUAUGCGGACUUAUAAACCUCUUUUCAAUCUGCGCAUGCUCACCAGUACAUUUCGCUACGAUACGGGCGAAGUGAAAAACAGGCUUUAAUUAUUACGAAGACUUUAAUGCUCAAGUAUUUAUCCUUCCCAUGAAGAGAAAUCUUUGGAAACUUGCCACCUUAUUAUCUUAUAGGUUAUUUUUGUACUUUGCAUACUUAUAAUUUUUUUUGUCUUUUGCAGCGAAACAAAUUUUCGACUCGUCAGACAAUAAUUCAGAUCAUGACUGUGAAGAUGCCAACUGUAUGUGUCAGAAUCAACUUUUAAAACCUCGUCCAUUUAGUAUGCUCUGUGCUUUAUGCUUUUGCUCUGCUAGUUCAGUACAAUACAACACAUAUGUGUGUGAUACUGCAUCUACUCAAAACCCAUUCGUGAACUUUAUUCUAGUGACGCUUGUUUAUUUUUUAGCGAUAUCAGAAUUUCCACCUCCACCAAUGAAAUUUCAGACGUCAAAGAAUCAAAAAAGAUCACGGUCAAGAUCGAGAAGUUCUCUUCGAGAAAAAGAGAAUAACAAACCAUGUAGCAAACGACCGAAUGAACGUAAGCUUUUCGCAUUUAAGAAAAAUUAG